CACACCCACACUCACAUUACCUUCUUUCCAUCCACGCAUCCUUCCAUCUGCUGUGCUGAGAGCGAAGAGCAGCAGCAACUGGCAGAAGGAUUUGUGGGUUUAACUCAGACACCCAAGCCGCUACAACACCCCUCCCCCUCUCUCAUUCAUCCCUCCCCCCCCCCUAAUCGGUGGUCGCCCAGUCAUUAUCAUUGUCGUCGGAUAGCUGUCAGCCCCGCCAUCGCUUGCCUGCCUGCCUGUGUGUGCUUACCUGCCUGCCUCCUGCUUUGGUCUUGCUCUACUGCUGCUUCUCUGCCUUGUUGCUGCUGCUGGUUGCGUUACCCGUUCUCAAGCUACGGUACCUUAGGUUCGCGUAGGCCCGUUCUCACCUCAUCUCGACUCGCUUGAAUCCCUCAACUCGUUCCUUCAACCGUUUCGCUCGUUCACUCGCUCCCUUCACCGUUUGCCUUCCCUCCCUCCCUCCUUCACUCCUCCGUGUUUACAUUUUCUCGGUUUUUCGGCUUCCCGCUUCUCUGAGUUACCAUCUGCAUUUACUCCCCGCAUCACCCUAUAUCACUUCCUGCAGUCUCCCAUCGCGCCUGUCAACUCGUUCACUCAUCACUCGAUUAUCCCCAUCCACCUAUUUCUCUGCGCGACUCGUUUCGACGUUUUGGUUGAGAGGUCACUUUAUACUGAUCGCACUCAGUGUCGCUCUGCAUAGAUCGACAUCAGGGACCUGCGCGGCUCCUUGAACAAUAACCCCAUUCCCUGCCCUCAGAGCUACGCGCUCGCUUGUCUGGCACAGGGGAAAGAAAAAAGAACAUUGCCGACCGACCAUUAUUAGAGUUCAUCCCCCCCAUAAUUGCCCUCCUCUUAUAUAUCGUUCUCUCACCGCUCCUUCAUUAAUUUAAAUGUCUCCUACACCUUCACCGUUGCAAAGGACUAUGGAAAAUUUCAAUAAUCAGUCCACCAUGGCCGCCCUCUACGACAGCCGAACUCGCGAGAGCGAAGUCUCUCCCUGGCACCGCCCUGUGGCGGCGCCGCCUCCCCAGUCCGCUGUUUCCAACUCCACCUCGAACCAUGUGAGUUUUUCUCAUGAGUCUUUGAGUAUCCCUAGACACAUUUCAUCACCUUCUGAGGUUCCAAACGUCGAGAGUGUGGGAGUGACGAGGCCUCCCCCAGGCUUUGAGGACAAAGCCGCCAAAUAUUACAACAUCAAGAUUACGAACUUGCCUCGUGCCGUUUCUGAGCGUGAACUCAAUGCCAUGCUCUUGUUUGCUGGUGACCUUGCCGGCAUACGUGUGAAGCCACCUUCCCCUGGGGGUGUUGAAGGUGACUACAACACCACUGCGGUCGCCCAAUUCGGCUCCGAAAAAUCUGCGAAGGAGGCCCAGGAACGACUGGAUGGAAAACCCUUUUCCCCUGAAGAUCGCAAAAUGUCGGUUCAAUUAUUAGGGAGCUCGCAUGAAUCGUUAAUUCAAUCCGCCUCUAACUCGCCGUCCAAUUCGGAUGUGCUGAUACCCGGUACCGACUUUCCGCAGUACACUACGAACGGGACUCGCAACCGAGGAUCCCCACCAAAUGGACAGCUCUAUGGCGCUACAAAUGGUUCCAGCGGAAUUGGUGGGGUCAACAGUGUCAAUGGCACCAACGGGAUCAACGGAGCUAGCACCUUGAAUGGGAUCGCUACGACAAACGGGAUGGUUCCAACGGGCGAAUCAUCCUUCGACCCAAGGCCAUUUGACCUUCGGGAAUCUCCUAGCUUCUUCAACCCGUUGGGUUUCCAGCAACCUCCCCAAUCCGGACGCCAGCAGCAGGCCCAGCAACCACAGAGGUUGUUCAUGCCUGACGAGUAUGAUGGAGACGAUAGCGGCAUUUCGACAAGAGCUCGUGCCUUGACCAGUCCUGUUGUAGCUGCUGGAGCGAGGGGCCUUGGGGGCUUGCCACAACUCAUUACUGCAAAUAAUACUGUUAAUUGUUUUCAAAACAUGCCGCCUACUUCUACUCUCGUAUCUCCCGUUACUGUAGCUUCCCCUAACUUCGGCUGGGCUGGUCGCCAUCUCCCUCCUGCAAAUCCUGCAGACCAGAAUCCACCCUGCAAUACUCUGUAUGUUGGUAAUCUCCCAGCCAAUACUACUGAGGAUGAGUUGAAGAAUCUCUUUUGCCGUCAGCGUGGCUACAAGCGUCUUUGUUUUCGCGCGAAACAGAAUGGACCAAUGUGUUUUGUUGAAUUCGAAGACAUUGGGAUGGCAACCAAAGCCCUGACUGAGCUUUAUGGACGAAACCUAUCCACCAGUGUCAAAGGAGGAAUUAGACUCAGCUUUUCUAAAAAUCCUCUUGGUGUUCGUUCUCACCCUGUGAACGGACUAUCAACCCCGGUUACACCCACCAACUCUGGAAGCCAAUUCAGUUCACCGGCCAGUCCUUUCACGUUUUCGACGGCUUCUCACAAUCCGCCAGGUUUACCAGCGCCUCCUAACCGUCAAAUGGCAGCCCACCAUCAGAGUAAUCAUGAUCAGCCCAAUGGCACCGCGUACUCCCACCAUCAAAUAGGAUACGACCAAUCGAACGGAACUACUUAUUCUCAUCAGCAGAUUGGUCACGAUCAGCCCAACGGCAAUGGCUACCAUCAUCAAAUUGGCCAUGAACGAUCUAACGGUGUCACCCACCCGCUUCACUCGAACAGCCGUGAUGAGUCCAAUGGCGUCGUUGGACACUCACAUCAAUUCGGGGUAUCAGGCAUUCCUCCGCAUCUUAUAGGAAAAUAAGCAAGAUCAGAACAAAAAAAAAACCAACUAAAAAAAUAAAAAUUUGACCAUCUGUUAUAUGAUGAGAAAUGACAAACCGGCGCAUUGGGUUUUAAAAUUCGGUGUUUCUUUUUUAGCACAGGUCGAGGGAAUUUAUUGAUUUGAUUCUUAGCCAGUGCGAUUCUUCUUCGCGCGCGGGGUGCAUCAAAGAUUUGGGCAUACGAGGUGUUCUUGUUUCUUUUUUUCUUUUUCUUUCGCUUCUCCCCCCCCCCAUGUUCCCCCCCACUCUGGUCCGGACUCGUUUUUGAAAUCAUUGACUUUUUCAUAUUUUUCCAUCGUACCUUUUCGGCUCGGUUUCCCAUGGUUCGGCUUCCCAUUUUUUUGUAUCAGCGUGCCGCUUCAUAAUAUAGCGGAAUGUUUUGUGUUUUUUUCCAUGUCUUUUUUUUCUUUUUUUCGUUUCAUAUUGCCCAACUCAGUCUCUUUUUUCAUUCUUUUUCAUCAUGUCCAUGGCUAUUAUGGGAUGUCCUUGAGUUUAAGCUAGCUGGUGUUUCUCUUCUUUCCUUUUGCUUUCUUCUUUUUUCCAUCCAAUCGUAUUUUCCCCAUUACCAACUACCAAACCUGAUUUUUAUCAACCUUCAUUCCAUUUCUUUUUUUCAUACCUGGACCAAUAUUCUUUUCUCUCAUCCUGGAUUGUAUCGGAUGGGAAGGGAUUAUAUGUUGAACUGUUUUUCUUCAAUUUUUCUUAUCACUUAACUUGCUUACAGUCACUUACCCAGCAAAGGUCUUCGUGGAGCGGAGCUUCCCUUGGACGGAGAUUACUGUUGCGAAGACUUUUGCCGAGUGGC